GUUUUUUUUCUCUUCUUUUUUUCUGAUUUUUUCAAAAAAUCGAAAUUAACAAAAUUAUGGAACAACAAGAACAUCAACGAAAUAAUAAUCUUAUAGAUCGUGUAAAUAGAUUAAUUGUAAAACAUUCAUUGGCUGUACCACGUUUAGUUUCAUCACGUUUUAUUAGCUAUCAAUUUUGGGCAACAAUAUUUACAAAAUUAUUUCAUAUUCGAUGUGAUCUGUCUGUACGUACGAAUCGUGAACGUAUUGAAAUGAUUCGUUCUUGUUUGAAUACUAUUGAAUCAUUAUCUGGUAUUUCGUUGAAUCAUAUUAAACCAAUACGUUUACUUAAUUAUGAUAUGGAUACUAUUUCAAAUAUGUUGGAAAUUAUUGAAACAUGGAGUGAACAUAUGAAUGAUAAUUUUGAAAAUUUUGUCGAUGAUAGUGAAUGGAUUGAUGGUCAAUCAAGCAGUAAUAAUAAUAGUCCAACAAAUCUAAAUAUACAAUCAUAUCAAUCUGAACCGAUUAUCAAUCGAAGAAUCUAUCAAACAACUAAUGAUUCAAAAGCAAAUAAUUUGGCCGAUACAUUGUAUAAAGCAUUGAAAAAUCGUAUUAUUGCAUUGGAAAUUGAAAAAAAGAUUAAAUCCUAUCUUGGUGAUGUAAAUUCGAUUAGCCGUAAACAAAGAAAUAAUGAUGAUAAAUUAAUACGUGCUUCACGACAAAGUAUUGUACGAACAAGAACAAUACAACCGAUGGCAACAUUUGAUUUUAAUUUUACACGUGAAGAAAAACAAAGUCCAAUAUUAAGUGUUGAUCUUGAACGAUGUUAUCCGGAAAUAUCGAUUGAAAUGUUGAAAAAAAUUCAACAUCUUGAACAGAAUCUUUUGAUUUUGGAAAGAAAUAUAAAACCUGGCCAUUUGAAUCGUGCACGAAUGAAUCAAGUUUUAAGUUAUGUUAGUGAAAAACAACGACGACGAUUCGAAAUGAUGAACAAUCUUGUUGAUGAUGAUGAUGAUGAUAAUGGUGGUGGUGGUGGUGUUAAAAAACGUUUUUUAAUGACACAAAUGAUUUCAAGAAAUGGAUUACGAUCACAAAGAGCAUCAUUAUCCGAAGAGAUAAGAAAAUUUUCUCGAUCAUCAAUGGCUGCCUAUCUAAAUGCUCGAUCAUAUUUGGAAAGAAUUUUAGUUGAAGAAUUUCGAAAAGUUGAUGCUAAUCAACGUGAUAAUUUGAAUGAAAUACGUCGUUAUCUUCGUGAUAAUCCAGAUAAUAUGGAAUUGGAUAAAGUUCGAACAAUGUUUGAAAUGAUUGAAAAUUUAUUGUAAAACAUUUUAUUGACCAUUUUUUUUUUCAAAAAAAAAAAAAAAAAAUUAUAUA